ACGUGUCGUAACGUGUGGGGAAGAAGCGGGAAAGAGAACCACCACACUGACAACGCCCAAUUUCAGUACUCAGACAAACCCCCGCUCUUUUCCUCUUCCCUUUUCUUCCUCUCCAAAUUCAAAAAAACCAACAAAAUUUCUCGAUUUCAUUCUCAAAUCCCCUAUCCCAUUCUCUGGUUUCUCACAAUUGCUCAAUUUUUUGCCCUGAAUUCGAAACCCUAUUUCAAAAUUAGGGUUUCCGUUGCUUAAUCGUAACCGAUGAGACCUGUCAAACGCGAACCCACUGUUAGCACCCGCAGUAAACGAAAUAGAGGCGGCGACGGCGGUGGCGGCGCUGUUGAUGGUGCCAGUUUAAGGGAUAGUAAGCGGGAGAGGGUUGCUCGGGAGAGAGAGAACUCCGGAGAGGAGAAUAUGAGUGAAGAAGUGGGUCAGCAGGAUUUGACGAAGCGGCGGGUCCUUCGCUCUCGGUACCUCGCGGUUAUUCAUGAGAUCAGUGAAAGAAGAGAGGAUUUGUCAAAGGAUUUGGAUAAGUUUAAUGUUAUAAUCAAUGAAGUGGAAAAGUUGCACGAGCAAGUUCAGAAGCCAAGGGAACAAGUUGCAGAUGCAGAAGCUUUGCAAGACAUUGCAAACUCCCUUGUCACCUCUAUUAGGUCCCAGUCAAAUGAAGGUGUUACUCCAUCAGAUUUUGUUAGUUGUCUACUCCGAGAGUUUGCUGACAUUAACGGUAGUAUAAACUCUGAAGAACAAGAGCUGGUUUCUGUCAAUUGGAAAGAUAUUGGACUUAGUGUUUCGUCUAUUUUCAUGAAUGGCUAUGGAUGCCGCACCAUGCUUGGACCUAUGAGCAAUCAGUUGAAGCAGCGAAAGACUAAUAAUGUUCCCAGGAAACGUUCCAAGCCUACUGAAAGUUCUAGACCUGCAGAGGUUGAAGAUAAUGGAUCCGAACCGAAAACAGAUACAGAUAAGAACAUGGGCAUCAUGUUUGGAAUUUUGAGGAGGAAUAAAACCGUUAAACUAGAACAUUUGAUAUUGAAUAGAAAGUCUUUCGCACAGACAGUGGAGAAUUUAUUUGCUCUAUCCUUUCUGGUUAAGGAUGGUCGAGCUGAGAUAACUAUUGAUAAAAAUGGUUCUCAUUUUGUGUCACCGAAGAAUGCGCCUGCUCAUAGUGCCAUCAUGUCACAUGAAGUUAAUUACAGUCAUUUUGUAUUCAGAUUCGAUUACAAGGAUUGGAAGCCAAUGGUGAACAUGGUACCAGUUGGAGAGGAGCUGAUGCCCCACAGGAACUUUCUGAACUCAGUGCCGGUGUCCGAAGAAGAAGCAACGGCGGACGAUUCUGAAUCUGCAAGCUUACCUACAACACCAAUCCGAAAGCUGUCGAGAAAUCGAGGUUUGGUUAUGCAAUCUGUUGUUGAAGAUUCUCCUGAUAAUGGCUCUCAAUCAGGACCAACUGCAAUUUUGAGGGGCAAGAGAAAGCUCAGUCAAGGUUAGGUUAAUUAGAGCUCUGAAAGCUACCAAAUGUGAAUGCCUCUUUUUGUUCUGUUGGUUGUAUAUUUAACGGUCGCCUUGUAAAUUGGUAAUUAGGUUCUAAGAGUAAAUGAUCGCCAAAUUUAACUUUUCUAACAAAGUUUCAAUUAAGUUGUAAUGAUGAUUGCAAAGUUCCAUGCCUUUUUGGGUAGCAGAUCAAGCUCCAAUCAUUUUGUAAA